CUUCUGGGUGGCUCUGCCCCCGGCCUUCAGGUGAAGGCCGUGAAGGCUGCUUCUGCGGCACCGCUCCUCCUAGGAUGGCUGCCCUGGUUGUAAGCAAGCCUGGAGCGGGACUAGACAGUGGCCGUCAGGGCAGCCGGGGGACGGCCGUGGUGAAGGUGCUGGAGUGUGGAGUUUGUGAAGAUGUCUUUUCUUUACAAGGAGACAAAGUUCCUCGCCUUCUACUUUGUGGCCACACAGUCUGUCAUGACUGUCUCACUCGCCUGCCUCUUCAUGGAAGAGCAAUCCGUUGCCCUUUUGAUCGACAAGUAACAGACCUCGGAGAUUCAGGUGUUUGGGGAUUGAAAAAAAAUUUUGCUUUAUUGGAGCUUUUGGAACGAUUGCAGAAUGGACAUAUUGGUCAGUAUGGAGCUGCAGAAGAAGCUAUUGGGAUAUCUGGAGAGAGCAUCAUUCGUUGUGAUGAAGAUGAAGCUCACGUUGCAUCUGUAUAUUGCACUGUAUGUGCAACUCAUUUGUGCUCAGAGUGUUCCCAAGUUACUCAUUCUACAAAGACAUUAGCGAAGCAUAGGAGAGUGCCUCUAGCUGAUAAACCUCAUGAAAAAACCAUGUGCUCUCAGCAUCAGGUGCAUGCCAUUGAGUUUGUUUGCUUGGAAGAUGGCUGUCAAACUAGCCCACUUAUGUGCUGUGUCUGCAAAGAAUAUGGAAGACACCAAGGUCACAAGCAUUCAGUAUUGGAACCAGAAGCUAAUCAGAUCCGAGCAUCAAUUUUAGAUAUGGCUCAUUGCAUACGGACCUUCACUGAGGAAAUCUCAGAUUAUUCUAGAAAAUUAGUUGGAAUCGUUCAGCACAUUGAAGGAGGAGAACAAAUAGUGGAAGAUGGAAUUGGAAUGGCCCACACAGAACACGUACCAGGUACUGCGGAGAAUGCCCGAUCAUGUGUCCGAGCCUAUUUUUCUGAUCUACAUGAAACUCUGUGUCGUCAGGAAGAAAUGGCUCUCAGUGUUGUUGAUGCUCAUGUUCGAGAAAAACUGAUUUGGCUCAGGCAACAGCAAGAAGAUAUGACUAUUUUGCUAUCCCAGGUUUCAACAGCCUGUCUCCAUUGUGAAAAAACUUUGCAACAGAAAAAGGACAAUAGAGUUCACAUUGGACCAAAAAUGGAAAUUCGAGUUGUCACGCUAGGAUUAGAUGGUGCUGGAAAAACUACUAUUUUGUUUAAAUUAAAACAGGAUGAGUUCAUGCAGCCUAUUCCAACAAUUGGUUUUAAUGUGGAAACUGUAGAAUAUAAGAAUCUAAAGUUCACCAUUUGGGAUGUAGGUGGAAAACACAAAUUAAGACCAUUGUGGAAACAUUAUUACCUGAAUACUCAAGCUGUUGUAUUUGUUGUUGACAGCAGUCACAGAGACAGAGUUAGUGAAGCACACAGUGAACUUGCAAAGUUGUUAACGGAAAAAGAACUCCGAGAUGCUUUGCUCCUGAUUUUUGCUAACAAACAGGAUGUUGCUGGAGCUCUGUCAGUAGAAGAAAUCACAGAACUUCUUAGUCUGCAUAAGUUGUGCUGUGGACGAAGCUGGUACAUUCAGGGCUGUGAUGCUCGAAGUGGUAUGGGACUGUAUGAAGGGUUGGACUGGCUCUCACGGCAACUUGUGGCUGCUGGAGUAUUGGAUGUUGCCUGAUUUUAAACGCAGCAGCUGUUUACAGUUUUGUGAUUAAGAGUUAUUUUGCACACAGUAUGUUGUAAUAAAUUCUGUAUCUCAAAGAUAAUUAGUUAACUUAGGAUGUGUAUAUAAAAGGACUCUUGGAUUGGAAAUUCAGUACAAUAUUGCUUCUAAAAUAUUCUGUAGUGAACUGUAUCUGAUUGAGUAGAUUAAAUUGGAUUAAAUAGGAAUUCACUGAGUAUACUUUUUUGAGACAUAAUUUGUUAUUUAAAAUUUUCAGAUUAUAUGUGACCCAUAUAUUGGGAAAGAAGUAAUCACAGAGAAAGGGUAGGUGAAGGUUUAUUCUUUCAAUGAAAAAAGACUAUCUAACUGAGUGCCUAAUGGAACCUCUGUAUGAAGCAAGCGAAGCAUGGCUUCUUCUUUAACUUGCCUUUUCACUGGGUUUGGCAGUAUUAAUUUAGUGACAGUGACUUAAUGAAAUAAAAUCCAAACUGCAUCUUUGGGUAAUAGGAUUAAUUUAAUGUUCAGUAUAACAGAACACCUUUAAUGCUAAGAACUAUAAGCUAUUGAAAAUUAGUAUUUUAUACAGUGUUUUACUAAAAGUUUCUUGUAAAACCUUUUGUAUAAAACUCAGUGAGUCAGAAUGAAAUGUUACCUAACUAGGCCUGUCAGAUUAGUACUACACUGAAGAACAAUUCAUAACAGAACUGUGAACGUCAGUUAUAUACUAGUUGAUCUUCACUUAUGAAAGACUCAUUUGUAGGGCUGAGCCUGGAUGUAAUAAUUUCCUAGGUCAGACCUCUAAAUUGGCCCUUAUAUUUUUCCAACAUAUUUAAAGUACUUAGUGUGUUUCUUUUUAACAUAAUAUUGCAUCUUUAGUGAGAGUGGCUACAGGUAAAAUGUAGUAAGUUACACAUAGAAACCUGAGUUGGUUUUGCAUAAAAGGUAGAGAUCUAAGUAGCAAACUGCCUUUACCUCAAGAGAAGUCAUUUAAGCAGUGGAGACUGCUUAUUACCUUACUUUAAAAUGUUUUCCCAAAAUAAGUGCAUUUAUCUUGACAAUAAAACAUGAUCAAGGCUUUUCAUGACAAGGCCUUGGAAAGUUGUUUGAGAGAGAGAACGUGUAGAGGAAGGAAAAGAAAUGUUCAAAAAGUUUAUACCACAUUUAUUAUGCAGUGUUCGAAGUAAAAGUUUAAAACUUGUGCUCUUUACUGUUUUUCAUUUUUUAAGGAAACUCCCUUAUUAUGGCAGUACAAUUUAUAUUUAAACAUAGCCAGAUUGGAUUUUAUGGGUUUUUAAAAAAUGCUCUUUAUAUUUUAGGAUGAAGUUGAAUCCUAAAUCUUAUUAUUUGAAUUCCUAUAAGGACAUUGAUGUCUGAUGACAAGAUGACUUUUUGGUGGCACUGUUCUAGUUCAGUCUCUUCAAAUGUAUUUUUGUUUAAAACAAAACUUUGAGAAAACAAUGCAUUAAAAAAAGUCCAUCAGUGUUAUGGGCAGUGUGUAAAUAUGUAAAUAUAAUAUUUCAUCCUUUAUUUUUCAAGUAAAAGGUCAUGCCAUUACACAUGUAGCUUGUGCAUAUAAGUCAUUCUUCUGAAUUAGUAUUUGAUUGCAAUAACUGUGAAAAAUUUAAAACAUGUUACAUUUACCUUGAGCCCUUGAACUGUUUUCUCUACUAGGUAACUGAAAAAAAAGUCUGACACUAACAUGUAAACUUGCUUUCCUUGUAAAUUAUUUCACCAAUUUAGCUAAACAUUUAAAUUCACGUUCCUAGCAUAUUGUUAAAACAUAAUUUAAAAAUUGCUUAGAAGUGAUUAUAAUGUACAUAACAGUAGUGUUUGCGUGUGAUUUUUUUUUUUAAGAAAUAUUUUUCUCAGGUUCUUAUUACUAUUUGUGGUUGUAUUUUUUCACUAAUUAUUAGUUAAGAUUGUGUUAGUUCCCUCUGGGAAAUGUCAAAUUUAAGAAUAAGAGAAAGGUUUUAAAUACAGCCUAUUAGGAUUUGUCUCCUAGCUCUGAAUUUCUGUAUUAAGCCUUAAUAGUAUUGUAUGGUUUAUGAAAGCAGGCUUUUUUAAGUGUAUAGCCCUGGUCUGUAAUUCUGGAAUGCUUUAUAAUCACCAGAAGCCAUUAUUUGCAUUACAUAUAUGAUCAGUAUAGACAGCAAUAAAAUAUUGAAAUUAUUUUAAAGUC